AUGAUUCCUUUGCUGGUGGAGGUCAUCCUCAGUUUGAAUAGCAAACCUUUGACCAUCUAAUUUUAACCAAUGAAAUUCAUCAAGAAUAAUACGAUCAACGAAGAUCUUAUUUCAUAAUAUGACAAAAGAUAGUUCCAUUAAACUAUUUAAUAAUUGUCAUUUUCCUUGCAUUUGGAUGAAGUUGAAUAUUUAUCAUUGAACCUUUAAUCUCUCACCAAAAUCAAACAAAUACAAAUAAUGUUACCAAAGUACAAGAAUCAUAAUUUAUUAAUGCUCUUAAAAUUAAAACACUUCGAAGACAAAAACUCAUAUUAUGACCUUGUCAAAAUGAAUGUGACUGAAAUUUUGCGAUUGGAAAUGGUUAAAGAGGAUAUUGUUAAGAGUAUUGUAUCUGUGUUGAGGAAAAAGAUAACAUUUUGGGAGAAUUUAUGUUCUGGAGAUAUUCAGAAUAUGAAUCGAUUUCUCGAUGAUAUUAUCAAAAUUUCACUUUAAAUUGAACAGAGUAGGAACAAAGUAGAUAUAAUAUUGAGUGGCUUCACCAAUCAAGUUCAAAAGAACUAUUGA